AUGGCGAGACUUACUAUCCGCAAAGAUACCAAGCUACACGCCAAUCCUGGCGAUGAUACCGAUGGCAACCCUUUCGAUAAUACCGUAGGCCUUUUCUGGUUCUUCAAGAGUACUUGUCCCUACAUGCAAGCUCGUCACGACUACAUUACUGCUAUUCUCAAUGUCCGCACCGGAGAAGCCGUCGAGAUUGCUCUCCGAGAACCUCUUGAAAUGCUGCGUCUCUGCCUAGCCGACAACCUCGGCGUUCGCUCACAAGAAAGGCGGCUCCAGUUACGACUGGCGCGACAUGAUCUUGCCGUUCCUUGA